GUUCAUUUCAAAUCUAUAAAACAGAAGGACCUUAUAGAAGGAUUUACCUGCAAAAGGCAAGUGGCAGAAUUGACCUGAAACUGAUACAGAAUGUUGACAAAAAGACGUUCAUUAUCAGUCUCAGAAAUAUCUGAGAAUAACAUUAUCAGAAAAGGGAGUCUGAUUAAGUCCCCCCCUGCAUAUAUUUUUGGAAACAAGAAUUCAUGGAAAACAAGAAGUUUUGCACUGUGGACUGCUCCCGGGGACGUCUACAAACUAUCAUACUAUAUGAAUUCAACUAAAGAAGACCCAAUAGGCAGCAUUAUGAUAAGCGAAAUCCAAGAAAUUAGAUGUGGGCUCACAAAAGAGGAAAAUAACGAAGCUUUUGUAAAAUGGUUUAACUGCUCGGAGCAGAAUGUGCUCUGCCUAAAAACAGAAAAACGCAAAUACUUCCUAAUUGGGAAUGAUGCCCAGGAAUGGUAUAGCUCUAUCUAUAGUGUUUGGAAUCCUAAUAGUUCUGAGGCUGCUGCAAUGUCUAAAUUCCACGUGCCGCGCAAACUUCAGACUCCUGAUGAUGAAUUAGUGUCAAGAUUCCAAGUGUCGCCCAAUCUUCAGGAUAGAUACUCCUACCCUACAAAUAACCCGUCCUCUGGAAUUUACGUACCUAUAAAUACAGAGAGACCGAGGUGUAACACAGACCCAGUGCAACCGUCUGGAUGUUCCUACCCCAAUAUAAUUUCACCUGCUGACUCAGGCACCCUGAGUAUCAUUUCUGAAUCAAGCGGGCAUGGAACUCUGGAUUACUUCACUGAUCCUGAAUAUGAAAGCCCUGAUGAGGAAGAAGCAGAAGACAUAUACGAUGUACCAAGUAAUAAACCUUUGUAUUUGAGUUAUUCUACUGCUGCCUCAGAGCCACAGGAAUUCAGUGAUGCAGAGAGCAUUCCAAGCAUUACAGAUGACGUUUACGUGAUUAUGAAUUCUAUUAAUGUCUCUGAUCCCCAAAAGCAAGACACUGCAAUAGCUAAUGAACUUCCAGAGGCAGAAUUAUCUCAUGAGGAGUUUAAAAAACGUUUGCAAGAAGAUGAGAAGAAAUUUUCCCCACCAAAGCCUAUCAGAAAAGCCAAGGCAACGCAAGAUGGAAGCACGCCAAGCAAAGUGAACAAAGUACCUCUGACCUGCAUGGUGUUCGAAAACAGAGAGCUGAUUAAACAAGACAUUACAGUGCCGAAGGAGCAUUUGAAGACAUACCUGACUCUUGAAGAUAUUGGUGAUCGUAUAUGUGUAAGCCAAUGGAAUGGUCCAAAGGAGAUUGGAUGCCUGUUCAGCCACGGGGAUCAAUUGUAUGCAAUAAAUGAUAUAAAGCUGGGAAAAUGUGAGAGCUUUCGUAGUUUGUUGAACGAUACUUUAAAAAAUGAGGUGAAACUCACAAUUUAUAGGCACGCUAAUGCGCAAGUUUUUCACGUACAAGGAUGUACUGGGCAGUGCUCCUGACAAGAUUCUAAGAGAUCUGUUUUCAUGCAAGAGAUCAUUUCACGUAGAAUUGGAUGUUAAAAAAAUGUGGCGAGAUCUCAUCCACACCUGCAAUGCAGUAGACCGGUUAUUAUCAUUUCACAAGGUUAAUGACGCGCCUUCUGGUAAUCCUUGAUUAAAGUGCCCAUCUUUUUAUAUGAAGAAUUUAUCAGCGUCCAGAGCCACAAUUAGAACAAAGCAUGGAUGGUACGGCUUUGAUUAAAGCAUUGAUUUUGGUCUACAGGUUGCGCACAACUAUGAAGACUAUCUGCAUUGAACGUCUUAGGAAGUGUCUUUCAUUUUUACAGAAAUACUUUUUUUAUCUUCUAUCCAAAUGUUUAUUGAUGUGCGUCAAGAAAUUUCACAAUGGUACAGGAGAAUAUCCUUACAGAGCAAUAUUAGUGUAAUGGAUCAAAAACCCAAACUGAAGGGUAAACGUUAAACUGACUGAAAAACUAUCACUUUAUUGCAAGUGAAGUCAUUGUAUGAUUAUUGGAUCUAUUCCUGCUGAAGUAGAAGAAUUUAAACAUUUAUAAGGAAUUAUACAUCCAAGAACCACUUUUUUUCUCUCUUAAAUAUAGCAAAAUAGUCAUACGUGAUGGACCAAUUGAUUUUUAUCCGCCGCUGCAUAUUUAAUUACAUAUACGUUACAAAUUGUCUUGUAAAAGUUGGCUGGUUUUAUAUGUAUAUUUAAAUCUUGUAUUGAAGUUCACCAUAUACACAAUUACUAUGUUUAUACAUCUAUUUAAAAAUGUUCCAAUUUAAAUUUCUUUGCACAUUGUCAGCAACCCUGCAAAUUUGUCCCGUGGAAAUGUGCUUCUCAUUUAGCUGCACAUUUAUGAGUGCAAUACAAAUUCAUAUUUUACACAUAAAAGAAUACUUUUCAUUUUACUAUUUACAACAUUUUAAAUGUAAAAAUCUAGUAUGUUAUUAAAAAAAAAAAGAGUGAUCUAACAAAAACCUAGCUCCUCAUUUGCUAGUUCCUAUAGGGGAGUUCAACCUUUUCACUGGAGGGGCCAAACGGAAAUUGUAUUUAUCUUAGCGAGCCAGUGAAAACAUUUUGAAAUACUGGUAGUAGAACUAAAAUGUAUACCAUAGUUAUAUUAAUAACUUCAAAUAAGCCAUGUUUAGCUUGAUAAAUGCCACUGUUUUUAGUUAAACAAGUUUCUUCCUCCUAUUUCUUUAUCCGUACACAUUUGUAACUUAGAUAUAACUAUUUCCAUGAAAAAAAAAUCUGGUUCAAACAUACACAUAAUUCAGUUCGGGGAAAAGGGCCAUAUAAUAUGCAUUGGGGGGCCAUAUAGCCCCAGGCCUAAGGCUGGACAAACCCCACUCUAUACUAAUAAAAAUAAUCACGUGCUGUUGAGUUUGCAUGGCUUUGCAAAAACAAUGUAAAAAUUAAACCUACUAAAACGUUAUGUCCCUUAAAAUUAACUUUUUUUCACUAUAAUUCUACUACCAUGCAACUGUCUUUAAUGGGACUUUGUAUUCACUAAUUUCAUAUCAUGAAAGAUCAACAAUGAAACUUGUUCUCAAAGUUAGUUUACUGAGCAAAAAGUAAUACACACUGGGGUUUUAUUUUAUUUUUUAUAUUUGUAUUUUAAAGAAAUAAAUGCAUUUUGAGCACAAUGUUUCUUUAAUGUGAAUUGAGCAGAAGUUCAGUUAAACAUGACACAUUUGUACUAAUUGAUUACAAUUUGUUAGAAAUUCCUGGGCUCAUAAACCAAAAACGCUAGGGUUUAACAUCAGUGGCAUUAAAAGAAUAAAUUAUAUUAUAGGUAAAAAAUGUAACUGUUUUCUACUUGAAUCUCCAUUAAUGUUCAGGGAAUUGUAAUUAAAAUAACUUUUUUACCGUUCCUGCUGCAUGAUAUAGAAAGGGGUGCAGUAGGCUAUUUGCAGCUUAGUCUAAGGUAAGACUUUAAUAUGACUAAGGUGUAGACUGACUGUCCCUUUAAUAUGUGGGAUAAUGAUGUUACAUUAUUAAGAAGGAAACAAAAAGUGAUUUAUUUUGUAAUAGAUCUAAUUUAUGUGUGCAUAUGUAUCUUUUUAUACUUAGUUAACCCUUUGGUUGCUUUAGUACACUGUAGUGUAGCAUUCUGUGGCAGCCAAUGUGUUAAACUUUUUUACAACACAGAUACUUCUAUACUAUAUUUUUGACCACAUAUAUUAAGCCACUAAUUAAUUCAGUUGAGCUCUUGGUAAUUUCAGUACCGUGCUCUAUCUGUAAUCCCUGCUAUGAAAAGUUUGAUUGCUGUACAUAGACCAGGGGUGUUGUAUAAUACUGUGUAUUAAUAUGUAUGUUAGAUAUAACUACAGUAUGGAAUUGUUUUUCCAGCUUCAUAAUAAAAUUUAAAAAAAAUUAAA